UGUCUGAGUUUAGUUAUAAUCGGUGUCUAGUAACGAGAAUCCGUUUAAAUUGCGCAAAGAACUUGCUUUAUUUUAGUCAAAACUUAACAAUAUUUUCGUCUUAAUGGGAAAUAAUUCUACAAAACCGAAAAGCGAUCGCGAUACGAUGCAAAUCUAUGAGGAUCUAGAAUUGUUGGAUGCACAGCUUUCGGGCAUUGGCAAGAAUGCGUCCUACUGGUUGCGCCAAAAGGAUAAGUACAUCAAUUUGUCAGGAAACCAACGGAAUGGCAACUCCGAGAUCCGCCCGGUUACGUUGACGAAGACACUUCAGCAUUUUCCACCGAGUAAGGAGAUGCUGAAGGCACAGAUCUCUGAAUUCUCCGACGAUACCCUGAUAGAAAACAAUGAAAUCUUCGCGGAUUAUCUGGAAAACCGCACUCUGGAGUUCUACAAUGUGUGUUCCGUGAUGACCACGCUGCUGACCAUUGAGGACCUUACCACCAUGGAGCAGUAUACUCAAUUUAUGUGUGCUGAUGUGUUCCCAAAAAAGGUCUCAAAGUUCAUAUUCGAAAUGAAACUGCCCCCAACAACGGUUAGUCCAGAGGAUUUUAUUGCUCCUAAUCUGGACGAUGUGGUGCUCGUGCCAAAAUGUAGCCUGGUGGGUUCACCGCUACCAAAGCAGCUGGUACUGGCACUGCUGCCGCACAACCAUGAGCAUCUGGGCAAGAAGGAUCCGAUGCGCCGCCAUGUCGCUAGCGUGGAACAAGUGACUCGCAACAGUUUGCAAUUUCGCUUUAGUCGUGGAAACUAUCCGGGGGAGGAGUACAUACUAGGCCAACCGUUUCAUGUGAUAGUCCGAUCCAGGCGUACACCAAUUCGGUAUAUGUACCGAGCUCUCAAGCUGCUACAGGAUAACCCAUCGGUGCGCCGAUAUCUAUUCCCUUUCCCAGAAUGGCUCACCCAAAUGGUGGAUCAAUCGCAGAUCCGCAUGGAGGGACGUGCGGCAUUACCCAGCUGGAUGCAAGUGAAGCCCCUAGCCCAACCAGCUCCCCCGUCAGCAGUUUGUCUUUUAAAUCCGUCCAUCUACGACAAUGAAGAGCAGAUGCAGGCGGUCCAGAGGAUUGUGGCUGGACCUAGUCUUCAAGGACCCUACAUCGUGUUCGGACCACCAGGCACUGGCAAAACUACCACCAUUGUGGAGGCCAUUCUACAGCUGCGCCUUCAGCAACCGCGAAGCCGUAUCCUUGUAACCGCCGGUUCGAACUCCGCCUGCGACACAAUCGCCCUGAAGCUGUGUGAGUACUUCGACGGCAAUGCCCAUCUCCUGAAGAACUUGCAGAGCGAGUACGAUUACCGCCCGGAUCGACAGCUAAUACGGCUCUUUUCAAGAUCGAUUACGCACAAAGGACUGAAGUCGGUGCCUCCGCUUCUACUGAAGCAUUCCAACUGUUCGAAGAAACUUUUCGAAUUGUGUGGAGUGUCGCAUAUUCUCAAUUAUCGGAUCACGGUGGCAACAUUGUCCACUGUGGGUAGACUGGUUACCGAUGGCCUCGGCGAGCAUUCAUUUUUCACUCACAUUUUUAUCGAUGAAGCUGGAGCAUCCACCGAACCCGAGGCAUUGAUUGGAAUCAUGGGCGUGAAGCAGACCAACAAUUGCCAUGUUAUCCUUUCCGGAGACCACAAACAGUUGGGCGCCGUGAUUAAGAGCAAUAGGGCUGCAUCCCUGGGACUUAGUCAAUCGCUGAUGGAGCGGUUACUGCGCUCCGAUUGCUACAAGCUGGAUGAAAACGGAAACUAUGAUCGCAGCCUGCAAACGCGCCUACGUCGAAACUAUCGAUCCCAUCCGGAGAUCGUGGGCCUGUUCAAUGAGUUGUACUAUAACGGAGAGCUGAUUGCCCAAGCUCCGGAGUCUGAAGUUAGCCAUGCAGCCAAUUGGAAACUGCUACCAAACGCAAAGUUUCCCAUCAUAUUCCAGGCAACUCAUGGACAGACAUCGCGUGAGGUGCAGUCCACCAGCUCGUACAACCGCCUGGAGGCGCAGGUUGUCUGCUGGUAUGUGAAACGCAUCCUUAAUGAUGGACUGGGCAAGGGCAUGAAGGUGAGCCAAGAGGAUAUCGGCAUAGUGGCACCGUAUACUGCUCAGGGAAAACUCCUGACCCAAAUGCUCAACAGCCAGGGGCAUGGCAGUGUGGAGGUGGGCAGCGUGGAGACCUAUCAAGGCCGGGAGAAGCCCAUAAUCAUUGCCAGUUUGGUACGAUCCUUUUCCAGUAUGGGAUUCAUGCGAAAUCCCCGUCGGGUCAAUGUUCUCCUUUCGCGGGCCAAGUCACUUAUGAUUUUAGUCGGCAAUCCUGUGACCCUGCGCCAUCACCGUGACUUCCAGUAUAUAAUCAGGGCGUGUAUGCAACAAGGGACUUACGUCUUCAAGAAAAAGGGCACCCAGCCGCAACGGCCGUGCAUCUUACCCGAUAUGGACGAGGAAGUCGAAGACUCCAACUCGGAAUCAAGCUUGGAUGUGGAGGAUGACGAGCGUACUCCUUGGUAUGCUAGAAUGCCGCUUGACAUAACCGUGAUCAAGGGCAAAGAGGAAACCAUGAGCCAGGAGCUCCGAUCUAUCAAUACGAGUGCCCUAAAGAAAGAGGUCCAGGCUUUGGAGGCCAGGAUUUCGAAAAUUGUAAUGCGGAGUUCCGAGAAAUGUUGAAGAAAUAUAUAUCUUGUUAUUCCGCAAAGACUGCAUUAACCGAUAAGUUGGCAUAUAGAAGCUAAAGAAAUUAUGAUUUAGAUUUAAGAACCGCCUUAGGUUAAGUGAUAAAAGUGAGACCCAACGAAUACGAAUUUAAGGUGCAUGUUCCAGAAGAAAAUUCUAGAACCUGUCUUCCAUUGCUGCACAUUACGAACAGCAUUAAACAUUGUAAUCUUUAAUCUGUUAAACAGAAGAAUUUGUAUUAUUUUUUAAUAUGUAUGUAUGCUAAGUGCAGUCUUAGAUUAAACUGCAAACAGAAGAAUACCGCGGAUAUUCCACUCAAAUGUCUGCAAAUGAAAAACAAGGAAGAGAAUAUUAACUUACAAUUUAUCGACAAAAGAAGUACAAGUUUCAGAAGAUGAGUUUCAUGAAUGUUUAGUUAUCUGCGACGUUUCUUUUUUUUUUUUUUGUUUUUUAAACCAUAUUUUAUAUUCAACCGAAUCGGUGAUUGAAGUCGAUGCGUUUCUAAUAUUAUAUCAUUAUAUAUUUAUAUAUUUAAGCAAUGUCUACAUAAUUAGUAAAACGAUUCAAAAAUACAAUGGAGUUGCUGCGUUAGGUUUCGAAAAAUGUUUAAAAAUAGUUUCGCUCUUGCAUAUUAAAUACUCAAUUCUAUUUUUUUUCAACGCUUGAUCAUUGAAGUUCGUUCAGUCUUUGUUAAUUAACAACUUUGUUAAUGUGUUUAAAUGUUUACGUUUGCAAUUUUGCUUUUUUCCUUUUUUUUCUUGUAGUAAUUUAAGCAAAUAUAAGAGAAAUGUGUGUUUUGGGAAAGAAAUGCCAAGUAGAGUUAUUAAAAAGUUUGUUCGAUUUAAAA